UUGGACAAGUCAGAGGCGGCACCACGUGUACCGUGUUGACUGUCAAAGCUUCAAGGAGCCCAAUUCCCGGAAGCGUGAGUUCUAAAAGAAGUUCCUGUACUCCAGGGCCCCGACUCUGCGAACCCCCAAUCAUGAGCGCCCCGGGAGUGCUGUCCUUUACCCAGCAAGGCUGGGAGCAGGUGCUGGCCAAAGUCAGAUGGGCUUUGGUCUAUCUGGACGCCGCCUGCGCGGAGAGCUUGCACUGGGGCUGCGGAUCCACGCGGCUCCUGGAAGCGGUGGGAGGUCCUGCGUGUCACCUGCGGGAGUUCGAGCCCGCAGCUGUCGGUGGUGGAGCCGAGCAGCCUAAGGCGGUGUUUGUGCUGAGCUGCCUGCUGAAAGGCCGGACCGUGGAGACCCUGCGGGAUAUUAUCUGCCGCAGUCACUUCCAGUAUUGUGUGGUGGUCACAGCCGUGAAUCACGCUGUCCACCUCACCGCUAAUCACGUGCCGGCGGCUGCAGCUGCGGAGCUGGAAGGGCAGCCGGUAUUCGAGCAACUGGAGGAGAAACUGUGUGAGUGGAUGGGCAAUAUGAACUACACCGCCGAGGUGCUGCACGUCCCGUUGUUGUUCGCACCUGUUGCUCCCCACCUUGCCUUAACUCCAGCCUUUGCUUCCCUUUUUCCACUGCUACCCCAGGAUGUGCGUCUUCUUAACAGUGCCCGACCAGACAAGAGGAGGCUAGCAAGCCUGAAUGAGGUGGAUGCCAGCGCCCUGCCCCCUGAGCUGCUUCUGCAGAUCAGGUGCCUGGUGUCAGGCCUCAGUUCCCUGUGUGAGCAUUUAGGGGUGCGUGAGGAGUGUUUUGCUGUAGGUUCCCUCAGUCGGAUCAUCGCUGCAGAUCUGGCUAAUUAUGGCCCUGCCAAGAACAGGAGGAAGACUGCCACAGGCAGGGCAUCAGUGGUUUUUGUGGACAGAACUCUGGAUCUUACGGGAGCAGUUGGACAUCACGGAGACAACUUGUUAGAGAAGAUCAUUUCAGCGCUUCCCCAGCUUCCAGGUCACACCAACGAUGUGAUGGUUAACAUGGUGGAGCUUACAGCGCUCCAGAAUGAGGAGAAAAAUCAGAGUAUGGUUGCACCAGGCUGUCUUGCACAAUCCAAUGACCCAGCUGCCAGAGCUCUGUGGGAAGCCUUACUGAGCACCAAGCACAAAGAAGCAGUGAUGGAAGUCCGGAGACAUCUAGUGGAAGCAGCAAGCAGAGAAAACCUGCCAAUCAAGAUGAGUAUGGGGAGAGUCACUCCGGGGCAGCUCAUGUCCUAUAUUCAGCUCUUCAAGAACAACCUCAAAGCUUUAGUGAAUCACUGUGGGCUCCUACAGCUUGGGCUGGCCACAGUUCAAACUCUGAAACACCCGCAGACUGCCAAGUGGGACAACUUCCUGGCUUUUGAAAGACUCCUUCUCCAGAGCAUUGGGGAGUCGACGAUGUCUGUUGUGUUAAAUCAGCUGCUGCCCAUGAUUAAGCCUUUGAACCAGAGGACCGACGAUGACUACAGCCCUGCAGAGCUGUUGAUUCUCCUGAUAUAUAUUUACUCUGUCAGUGGAGAGUUCACGGUGGACAAAGACCUGGGGGAAGCUGAAGAAAAAGUGAAGAAAGCAUUGGCUCAGGUCUUUUGUGAAGAGUCCGAAUUUUGUCCUUUGCUACAAAAAAUCACAGCUCACGGUCGUAGAACAACUCCAGUAACACAGUCCCCGAAACUCAGAGGCACAUCUCACUCUGCAUCUCUAGCUGAGGUCAGCAGAGGGCUCUGCUUAUCACAGUCACUCGGGCACCCACCAGCAGGAUGAAGACACACACUUGCACCCUCCCGUGCGUGCGGCAGAGGAAGGAGAAGCAGCAGAUUGCAGACAGGCCCCUAACACUCUGCGGAGGUAGCGUCCAUUGCCUCAGCUCCUCCCCACCAGCCACAGAAGGCCCAUAGCCAACGCAGCUUCAGGGAGGAUGGACUUACCCAUAUGCUACGUGCCUAGAAGAACAGGAAAUGGAAUGUUAGAGAACAGCCCUUAUGAACUCCAUAACUGUAUUAUGUUCUACCAUGAACUAUCAUUUACUGCUUUUCUAUUGUUAGAUAUUUAGGCCAGAAGCAAUGACUUUAUAUAUGAUUUUGGAAUAUGUAUUUGAAUGUGUUCUAUGUCACCAUCCCCAAGUAACAUCUGGCUGCCCAUAUAUGAGGUCCCUUGUACGUGUGCAAACACAUCCCCACACACGCACAGGCACCCAGACACACACGUGGCAGGCCACUGAUCCCCGCACUGGCAGCUUCCUCCCCACCACUCUCCGGUUACGUUUUGCGGCAAGAGAAAUAAAUCAGAAGUCCUGUCAUACCCACUUUCCUGCUGCUAGGUUCUUGACCACCUCUGCGUGGCCUUCCUCUUUUGUGUGAAAGAACUUGUAACAGUAUCUAUCCUCCAUGCCAGCCAGCUGCACAAAUACUCAACACACACACGUGCACACACUCACAUACACACACAUCUGAUCACCUGUUUGCCCUGAGGCCACAAAUUGGAAGAUCAGACACGUACAAAGCUUAGCUCAGCAAUACACCCCAAUGUGCCUGCAUGUUCUGAUUUGUUCCCAUUUAAACCCAGGUUGUUGUCAUAAGUACCUUGUCUCCUCGCCGCAGCCUUGGACUCUGUGGCUUUUCCCAAGAAAAGCCUAGCAUUUAAAAUGUCCAGCAACGGCUCUGUCUGCACAGCCGAAUGACAGCAGGCUGUACCCUCGGCCCUAGCACAGUGCCGGCCACACAGCAGUCAUGUCCAAAUGAGAACGGAGAUGACUUUAGAUGUGAAACGAGGGCACCGGGAAGCUUGUGCUGCCCCUUGAAGGUAAUACCACUCCCCAGUGAUAGUGUCGUCUGUGAAUCCGGGUCAUAGGACCACUGUGGCUUUUGAACUGAAUUAUUGCAUAUUGCCACCCUUUCAGAUUAUAAAGUAAAAUGUUAGUGGGACACUAGAGCCACCUGCCCUGUCGUUGAAUACUUAGAUUUAAUUUUAAAAAACGUAGUGACUGAGAGGACCUGGCUGAGAUUCUGUCAGAACUGAAAGCAACUCAACACCCAUGGGAGUCAGAUAGGGAAGGGGAAGAGACAGAAGGGCACAGAGCAUGGGGCCAGAGGGCCUCAGAAGCUCAGACCAGGCUCAGGAAAACAGGGGUACCACCAGGCCCAAACUGGCAAACAGGGCAACAGAGAGAGAUUCCAAGAAAAGUCAGCAGCAGCUGUAGUUUGAUGAGGACGUAUGUCCAUCUGUGGGCAUAGCAGGAGCACGGAGAACCAAGCCACUUCCCUGAUGGAAGGGAAGCCAGGAUUGGCAGGAAGUGAGAAACAGUAGAGGUGUGUGGGGUUACCUAGCUUCUAAUUCUGAGACUGUUGGCUUGUUAACUGUAUUCCUUUGGCAAGUUACUUAACCUCCCUAUGCUUGUCUCCUAAUCUGUAGAA